UGCAUCGAGACGGACGAGUCGUGCGCGAAAUUACCGCCGAGGCAACGCGACCCCCACAGGAAGACUAGCCUGCCUGUGAAUUUGACGGGCCAGAAGAGGAGAAGGACGCCGAGGUUGGCGAGAAUUCGACGGAACGAGGAGCAGAGCGCGAUGGAUCCGGAUUACGAGGUGGAGGAGGACAACAAGGUGGUUGGCGGGAGGCCGUUGGACGGUAACGGGCCUAAAUCGGCCCCCGUCACGCCAACGGAGGAGAAGAAGUCUCCGUUUUCGAAGAUGCUGUGGAAGAAGCACGCGCCCGUCUUCCACGAGAGCACGGACGACGUUGUCCUCGUGAGGGUGUCCUCUUUGCCGGAUCAGGAUUUCCUUCAUCUCGACGGAAACGAGGCGUUGCGGGCGAAGAACGCGAAGGAGGGCCUGUCGAAGAAGAGGGCCGUGUCGCCUCUCACCUUGCGCUCGGAUAUAUCCGCGAAACGGUUGUCCGAGUCCGACAAGGACGUGAGGCAGGUGAGUCCCGUGGAUUUGAAGAAGUUCUCGCUCUCGAGAUCGAGGGGCAACGACGUUGGAGUGAGUUGCGAUCUUCCGGAAGACGACAACGUCGGAUCCAUCGGGAGCGUGGACAGCGGGAAGUUCGAACGGGUGGAGAACGUGGACGUGAAGAAGAUACUGGACGAGCAAAAUUCCAGAUCCGGUUCGCUACCGAUUUCUCUUCAAUCCCUGUUAUCGAAGAUCCGAAACGGGUCCGGCUCGUGCUGCCCUAACAGCCCGCCAAUGGAUUCUCUCACUUGCUCCGAUAUAGCGACGCAAACUUCCCCAGCUAUUUCCAGAAGUUUCAGCUUCACGUGGGUCAGCGAUUGCGACUCCCCGCGAGCGGAAUCGCAGAUGGAUUCGCAGUCGCUGCAGGACGAAAGCACGUUGGAUCCUGCCUCGCCGCAAGACACCGUGGACGACGACAAUAGGUCGUCCUCGUCGUCUCAAGAUCUUCUUCAGAGCAUGGACGAGAUUUCCUCCGGAAGUAUGUCGCCGGAUACGACCGACAGAGCAUCUCCUCUGGAGAGCGGUAUCGGCACUGCCAGCCCUCCUAGAAGCACCGAUCGACGGAUAGUUAAGCCCCCGUCCUCAGCCAAGUGUCACCGGAAAGAGACCUGGGAGAGGAUCCGGCGACGUCCUUCCAAGUUGAACUCGCGGAGCGACAAACACUCGCAGGACGUGUGGAUCAAACGCGAGAGCGUGCACACUCAGACGAAGGAGAACGAGGACCAAUAUUCCCAGGACGCGGUGGACAGCAGCAGCGGCCUCGACGACACCCUGCCGAGGAUCAAGCCGCCUCGACCGACCAAUCUGCCUCUGUGUCUGUCCACCACCGCGAGUAGCUCCCUAAGCUCUGGAGAAUUAUUGGAGACACCGCCGCGAGCACCCUCAUCCCCAUCCGCCGCCAGCCUCCAAUUGAAACCGGAACCGCUAAGCGUGGAAAUGGGUGGAAAGAGCAGCAGUGCACCCUUGUUGGAGAACAACGACACGGAGAAAACGAAUGGGAAGGUGCCGAGUUUGCAGCAACCACGCUCGCAGUCGGAACGCCAGCUAUCAGAAAUCGAAGCGCAAGAGGCUUGCAAAUGGUUGAGGGCGGCUGGUUUUCCACAGUAUGCGCAGAUGUAUGAGGAUUAUCAAUUCCCGAUUGACGUAUCUGGCGUAGCCAAGGACCACCCCUUCCUCGAGACUGAUUCCCUGCAGAGUCUAUUUCGACGAUUGCACGCUCUUAAUCGGUGCGCUAAUAUGAAGAUCGACACUCACCAUACGCACAGUACUAGUCACAGCAAAAGCGGUGGCGGCGAUGAUUCGGACGAAGAUACACAGUGCGCCCUCAGCGAGAAUUGGACAUUCGAGAAGAAAACGAGGCGCUGGUCCCGCGUGUGCGACAUGACGCAAGCGAACGUGGAGAGGUUGCAGGCGAUCAGCAGCGGGCAGACGGUGCAAUCCGAGGAGGAUUCCCUGGAGGAUCGGUUGGAGGCGGAGGAGGCCGAGGACACGAUGCUGGACACGCUCAGAUACAGCAGCCUGCCGCCUGGCACGCUUCCCGACGAGAUCGGGCCGAGAUUUCGGAGAACCGGGUCCGAGAGGCUGAGGGAUGGGGCGAAAGCUUUCCUGAGGCGGGUCGAGUCGUUGAAGUCCCGGCGACGGAAGCACCAAAAUCGGGACGGGAUAGUGAUCAGCGGCCCCCAAAUACUGGACGUGAUCUCGAUGCAGCAGAAGAUGAAGGAGCUGAACUGCGUGGACGUGUCGCCGACGGGCCCCUCGCCGGUCUCGUUCAACGAUCUUCUGCCGGCGAAGAUGAACCGGGCGAGAAGGUUCCUGCAUCGGGGCAGGGAGGACCAAGGGGCGCUCAGCGACUCCGAGUGCCAGCCUACCAAUUGGCGGCACAGGUACUUCAGAGACGCGAACAGUAACCACGCUAAAGUGUUGGAAUACGUGACCGCCCAUCCCCAAAGCCCCAAGGAUUCGCCGACCAAAACUCCCAUAAAUAGCCGCGGAGGUAGCCUGAAUCUUGGGAAGGAGUCGCAGAGGUACAGGGACAAGUUGUCCCAGGGCCAGAAUCAGGAGAGGUACAAGGAGGACAAGGUGGCCGCUUUGAAGAGGGAGGAUAAGAUGCACAAGAGUUUCAGGCAUCGCGACGAUUCUUACAGGGAGGGGAAACCUUUGUCCAAAGAGGUGACCGUCUACAGAGAGAAAUCGAGAUCGAGGAGUUCGGAGCUGGCCGGAAGUCAGGAGAGCAGUUCGACGGUUGCCAGUCGUGAUUCGGAUCAGGAGGAGGAUUCGCCGAGGCACAAGGGUACCGUUGUCAGGUGGCACAGUUUCCAGAGGGGAUCCCUGUACCCGGAGCCGCUCGAUCCCCUGUGCCCACGAGCCAUGGCCUCGAUGUCGUGCGGCCAACUGUUGGUACUGAGGAAGUUGGCUCUGUUAAAGCUGACCGCUUGCAUGGAACGAUAUUGCCCGACUCAUCGUACCGGAUGGAACUGGGAGCUGCCCAAGUUCAUCAGGAAGAUAAAGACCCCCGAUUACAAGGACAAGACGGUGUUUGGGGUACCGUUGCUGUUGUCCCUGCAGAGAACCGGCCAGGCCUUGCCAAAGUGUAUUCAAAUAGCGCUCAGAUGGCUGAGAGCGAACGCCCUCGACCAGGUUGGGAUCUUCAGGAAGAGCGGGGUCAAGUCGAGGAUACAGAAAUUGAAAAUGAUGACCGAGACUUUGGGGGAUAACAUCAAUUUCGAUGGCCAGCAGGCGUUCGACGUGGCCGAUCUCGUGAAGCAAUAUUUCAGGGAAUUACCGGAAGCUCUGUUAACCAACAAAUUGUCCGAGACCUUCAUCGCUAUAUUCCAACACGUACCUGUUAAGCUGCGACCGGACGCUGUGCAAUGCGUGCUCCUUCUUCUGCCAGACGAGCAUAGGGAGGCGUUGGAGACUCUGCUCGAUUUCUUGAACCACGUAGCGAGCAACGCUCCCUACAACCAAAUGACAGCCUCGAACCUGGCCGUGUGCCUGGCACCGAGCCUGUUCCACUUCAACCACAGUAACACGAACGUGACCAACAGGUCGAGCAGCGUAUCGCCACGUAGGAGAAAGACCGUGGGCAUUCCCGAUCAGAGGGAACUGUCGGAAAACAAAGCCGCUCACGACUGUCUUCUGUAUCUGGUCAAGAUGCAUCGUGAAUUAUUCAUGGUUUCUUCGGAUAUGUUGAUGCAGUGUCAUUUUAAUUAUAUGGAAGAAAGCGUGCCGGUCGCCUUGGAGGAAUUGGGAUCCGAAUUGAAGCAAGAUUGGAGAGGAUACCUUUACGCGUGUACCACGGCUUUGUUGAAAGAAGCGCGUGAGAAAAGUCGGGGAUGGGUCACCGUGAACAAUCCAGCCGACAGUACGGUAGAGAUGGCGUACAAGAAAGUAGGUGACGGACAUCCACUUCGACUGUGGCGAGUGUCGACUGAGGUUGAAGCUCCACCGAACGAGCUUCUUCAUCGUGUACUGAGGGAGAGGCAUAUCUGGGAUCCUCAGCUUUUGAAGUAUAGAUUGGUCGCCAAGCUGGACACCAACGUGGAGGUCUUUCAAUACGCCACUGGGAACAUGAGUCCUCUUCCUGCCAGGGAUUAUUGUGUGCUAAGAUCCUGGCGUAACGAUCUCCCCAAAGGGGCCUGCGUCAUCGUAGAAACGUCCGUGGAACAUCCGGAUGCUCCUGUUAUGCUUGGUGGAACGCGUGGUAUUGUUUUAGCAUCGCGCUAUCUCAUCGAACCUUGCGGUAGUGGUAAAUCACGGAUCAUGCACCUUUCCAGAGUGGAUACAAAAGGACGCACUCCAGAAUGGUAUAACAAAAGCUAUGGUCACCUUGCUGCCCUUCACCUCAGUAAAAUUCGCAAUUCCUUCAAGCACACGACAGACGGUCCCGAGAGUAAAGUCUGAGAGGAAGCAACCGUGCAACGAUCACCGUUGCACGGUCCUCACACGACUCUAGAGGAACAGGAUGAUCAAAAUCAGGAACACAGGAUCCUAAAGGAUGUGCGACAGGUUCAACCUACCAUUGACGAGGAAUAAAAGUAACAUCGAUGGUCGUAUCUAAUUUCAUCGAUAUCAUGAUCAAGAAUUUAGAGGAUAUCGAAGAAAAUAAUGGAUCUACGAGAAAAAUUCAACUCGUUAUCGAAGAUGAACCCCAUCGCGCGUUUCUCGAGUUGAUUAAAACAAUACUUAUAAAAGAAAAUGGAGGAAGCGAAAAAAGAAAAGAAAAUAGAAGAAACAAGA